UUAUAGGUCAGACCCUUCGCCCUUCCGGAGCUCACAUUCCCAGUUAGACAACAUCGAGACAGAUACAUACAGCCAGGACAUACAAACAGUAGAAUAAAAUCCUUAAGCCAAUACAAGAAUGGGCAGUAAGGUAUUUCCAUCAUACAUAAACCAUGGAGGAAGAGGAGGAACCUGAGGACCAGAGAGGGUAAGUGACUUGUCUGAGGUCACACAGCAAACAAGGCGUCCUCCAAAGCUGUCUCUUGAGAUGCUCAUGAAUGUCAACCCCUAAGGAUAAAAGGAGAAUCAAGGGAGGAAUAUUCAAGGGAAAUCGAUUCUCCAAAUAUGUCCCGCGGUAGUGCUGGUGGCCAUGGUUCCCGGAGUCAGAAGGAGCUGCCAACAGAGCCCCCUUACACGGCCUACGUAGGAAACCUGCCUUUUAAUACUGUUCAGGGAGACAUAGACGCGAUCUUCAAGGAUCUCAGCGUAAGGAGCGUACGACUAGUCAGAGAUAAAGAAACGGACAAAUUUAAAGGAUUUUGCUAUGUAGAAUUUGAUGAGGUGGAUUCCCUUAAGGAAGCUUUGACCUAUGAUGGUGCGCUGUUGGGUGAUCGAUCGCUUCGAGUGGACAUUGCUGAAGGUAGAAAACAAGAUAAAGGUGGCUUUGGAUUCAGGAAAGGUGGACCAGAUGACAGAGGAAUGGGUGGCUCUCGAGAAUCCAGAGGCGGAUGGGAUUCCCGGGAUGACUUUAAUUCUGGCUUCAAGGAUGACUUCUUAGGAGGCAGGGGUGGAGGCAGUCGCCCUGGUGACCGGCGAACGGGUGGUCCCCCAAUGGGGAGUCGCUUUAGAGAUGGGCCUCCCCUUCGGGGCUCUUCAAUGGAUUUCAGAGAACCAACAGAAGAGGAAAGAGCACAGAGGCCCCGACUUCAGCUUAAACCUCGAACAGUUGCUACCCCCCUCAAUCAAGUAGCCAAUCCCAACUCGGCUAUCUUCGGCGGAGCCAGGCCCCGAGAGGAAGUGGUUCACAAAGAGCAGGAAUGAGCUCAAGGUCGGGAGGGAAUGGGGGGAGAGUUAUUGAGUGAGACAGCAGCAGAGUUCAUUGCUCUGGACGUCAGCCCUGCAGUUACCAUUCCUGCCACCUGACAGUUUGUCCUCCUCCUCUCUUGAAACUGAAAACACAGAGCUUGUGAAUGCAUGUCAGCUGUUAACAAGUGGUUUUUAGUACGUUCUUGGCUUUGCUGUAUCUAGUGCCUGUUUUGUGCUGUUUUCCCCCACCGCCUUGGUCCUCCCUCCCUGUUCUCCUCUUCAUCUUUGCAGCACGGGGUCUCUUGCAGAUGAAUGAAAGCUGCCGUCAUCAGUGAGGGUGGGAGUUCUGGGGAUGAGGUGUGCUGCUCCAUUUCCCUCCUUAGCUUUUUCUGUUUUACUUUAGAAACACUGGUUAGACUUUGUUAAAACUCCAAUAUCGUUUCCUUUGGAUUUCCCUCACUUCUCUUCUGACCUGCAUGUUUCGUUCUGGGUUGCUGUGGCUCCAAAGAGGAAAUAGGAAAGAAUUCCCCAACAGGUUGGACCACCUGUUCCCCGACCUACAUGGAGAAUUGGCCGCCUUCUCUAAGGCUAGGGAUCAAACACUGGCGUAGUCCUUCCAACCAGUUCACAGGUAGUUUUCUUUACCUUGCACCCCCACCCCCAAUUCCUCUCCCUAAACAAAUAUGCUAAAGCAGAAUAGGCUCCAAUUUUAAAGUAUAGCUUAUCUAUAUAGAAAAUGUAUAGUGUUGUGAAAUUUAUGGUGGAGAAUGGUUAUUCACUUAGAGAAGCAAUUGGCUUCACUCCCACAGGUCUGUGGAUCAUAGCUCUGCCCAAACCCAAAUCCCAACUAGUGUACUUCUUUUAUCAGGCAGAUCCGAGGGCUGUGUUCAUUUAACUCUUACUGCAAACUGCAAUCUUGUCUUUAUCUCACCUGGGAUGCAGCACAGCGGUGCAUAUCUGUGCCUAUUCAAACCUAAAAAAUGCUCGAUGAGUCUUUGCUUUUUAAAAAAUUACCCACUUUUUUUAGUUUGACAUGUUUGGUAAGUAACUUUUAAAUGCAGGUUUAUGCAGAUAACGUUGACUUUGUGUUGUGUUGGAAGGAAUGUAGAACUUACUCUCCUUGGCCACAUAGUUUGCAUCCAGCCCCAGUAUUUCUUUGUCCUCAAGUGUAAAUGAAUAGUCCAUAGUGAGAUGCUGUGCUUCCCAUCACCAUUGUUAAAAUGAGUCACCAGAGCUGACCCUAGGAUCUGGCGAUGUUGGGUCUCAUUCAUAUUCGUCAAGAACCUGGAAGCAUUUCAUGGGUAGCUCUAAAGUUGAAGCCCCGUGCCUCUUCGAGCCUGAAGGCUCCUCAGGGGAGAGUUUACUUUUCACUGGCAAAAUCUUCAGGAAAGUCAAAGAUAAAGCUCUAAGGUUGGGGACUGAGACCAUUUGGGGGCUAACCAGUAUCUAGAAAGAAGCCAGAAUUGUCAGGGUUUCUUGGAAACCUUGGCCUCUUAGGUCAGUUAUGCUUGGAUAGCAGCAGUGUUGUUGACUCCCGAUUCCUGGCUUCAGUUACUAUUAUCUUUGUUCCAGAGUUACAGCAAUUUACAGGACCCCUUCCUCCUCUCUCCUGCUUCUUCCUUCCUUUCCUCCCUCCUUCCUUCCACCUGUCAUACUCUCUGCUCCUAAGAUAAGAAACCAUUUGUGUAACACCAACACGUAAUUUAAGAAAGACAUGCAUUGUGUGGUUGUAAUCCAAACGGAUGCUUUCAGAUGACCUACUUACAUCUUCAAUGUGGAAAAGAUUAAGAACAGCAGCAGCAACAAAUCUCAACUUCUGGUUAAUCCAGAUGCAUUUUAAAUGUGAGAAUGGAAUUCCAAACACUUAACCCAUUCUGCUUCAUGACAGAAAGUAAAUUUAUGGAUAUGGUAUUUUGUGAAUGAUCUUUUAAAUAAAAGAAAACCUUAAGUAAUCUUUUAAUGCUGGUCUUUAUUUAUGAGUCUCCCUCAGUUUGUCAACUGCUCACCAUGACUUGUUGCUAAAACUUCUAUGAGCUUCUUUAUUGGAAAGAGAAGACCCAGUUUAAAUGAUUUGUAGUGUUUGCUGUGAUUUUGACUUAACAUUGGAAAAUGGCAAAAAUCCUUAAUGAGAAAUGAAUUAAAACUCUAGCAACUAAAUCGGAGCUGACAUCUCAUUUCAGCUUUUUGUCCACCCUCUCUGUUCCUUGUUUUUCUAAAGUUGGAAAAGAAGUUGUUUCUACCAGACAGAAACAUAACCCUCAGAUGUAGUCUGGCAAUAGCUCUGAGCUGGGAAAUGGGGGUGGAGGGGGAGCAGGGAAGAGAUGACAAGAACCCUUUUCUAAAUCUGGGGAAUUCUCAUAAUUUCAUGAUCUGGGCAAAGUAGAACAUAGCAGUGAUUGGUCCAGGUUUUUUGCAACCUGUUGGACUUCCUGGAGGAGACGAUCCUAUUGUGGUUCCCCCCCUUUAUUUGUUAAACCAGGACAGAGUAAAGAAUAUUCGGCCUAAUUCAAAUGCCAGGUACAGGAAACUUUUGAGAAACCUUCUAGUUGGGGAACCUAGUGGAAAGCAGGUAGAAUUGUAUGGUGCACUAAGAAAGUGCUGCUUAUACAAAGAUGCUUAGGAUAUUCAAAAUUGAUAGCCUGCCUGAGGAUCAGAGCAAGGGACCUGGGACAUCACCUGAUUCUUGCAAGGCACAAGAUUCAUUUGGCUCACUUCUACAGGGGUUUGUUUCUAAACAGCUUGACAAAUUCUCCCACCCUCAUUAUUCUAUUGCCCAUUUCUUUGCUUUCCAGGGAAAGUUAAAGGCUUUCUUUUCCCCUUUGAAUGAUUGGGUCCUAGAAAAAAAAAGAAAAUGGCAGUGAAACUUUGUUUUUUAACGGUUUUUGGUUUUGAAGAAGGGAAAAGACCCUUUAAACUUGGUUGUCUGCUCAGCCUUAAUUAAAGCUAAAACUUAGUUUCCCCUAAUGAUAAGGUGUUUCAGCUUUUUAACAGAAGUCCAAGGCUCAUGAUUAAUGCUGACCUAGUGAGAUCUGCUUUCCUUGGUAUAGAUUCUGUUUUCUAACAGUAAGAUCCUAGGCUGAGUCGGGAAACAAAUUCUGGGGUCAUCUGAUCUUAAUCUCCCCUGGUUUAAUUGACAGGAUAAAAAUGAGGCCCGUGAUCACCCUGGUAUAGGCAAUUUUGAGUUUGUUUAAAGCAGCCUUAUCACUAUCACUACUUGGUAAGGAAGUAGCCCCUAGAUUUUUUGACAAGGUUGGUUCCAGGAAUUGGCAUGUUAAUACUAGAAAAUAGCCAUCAUCGAGAUGCAAAGUCAGCAAGUCAGGAGCCAGUGUCUGAUAACCCAAAACCCUUGUGUGUGGUUACUGUGUUAAGUGGGAGACUUUUAGAAAAAGGUAAAGAACUCUGAUGAAGAAUUACGUGUCAACUGUAGAACAUUAAGAGACUGGAAGGACUACUUGGUCUCCUAAGUCACUUAGGCUGAGGCCUUCCUGUCAUCCAAAGUCUUCCUAUUCUUCCAGGAUUUCUUAUUGAGCCUCAGACUCUUCUCCAUAGAGAGAAAUCAGCUUCUAUAGCUUGUGUUUCUCACGGGGGGUUACAGGGAAUUCAUGCAAAAAGUUUUCAAUAAAGUAGGUAAUUCUGACUUGGGGAAACUCCUUGUGUAUAAACUAGAGUACAAUGGUUUCUCCUCGGAGCUUUGCAUUGAGAAUAAGUGGCACCUGAACCAGUCUUGGGGUAAAGGUGCCUGUUCUUAGGAUUUUAUCUGCUGCCCCCUCCCCGAUGUUUCUAAAGACAGCAAAGAUUAAAUUGUAGUUGCCACUUCAUUCUGAUUUGCCCCUCUUGAACGGAAUUUUAAGCCCUGCUGAGCAAUGGGAUGUUGGUUGGAGUUCUUUGAACAAGUCUUAGACACUCUAUGCUGGCACUGUCUGCUUGGCUGAAGACCCCAUCAUCUCCCAGAGGCUUCCCUAGUGUUCUUCAGGCAUUUACUUUUUGGUUGUAUUAUUCUGGAGCAAUAACAGACUUGAACUCUAGCAGGAAGUUCCUUUAAGCUCUUUCCUGGCCCAUGGCUAAAGAGUCCACCUAGAAGCGAGUUUUAUCUUCCAAAAGCAACCUGCUCCUGUGGAAGGUGAGCUGUAGGGAGCCCCGAUGAGGGAGGCGAAAGGAAGGAGUGUCUGAUGCAUAUGCCUGGAGAGGAAGGAACAACUCUGGAACCACAGCUAGUCUGUGCUAAGUAGCAAUAGGAAUUCCGGUUGCUUGUUUAGUGUGUACCCUUUUCAAACGCCAGUUGUGGGGCAGCUGGGUAGCUCAGUGCAUACAGAUACAUAGAGUCUGCUGGAGGGUCCUGGGUUUAAGUGUGGCUGUGUGACCCUGGGCAAGUCACAACCCCAUUGCCUAGCCCUUACCGCUCCUUUGCCUUAGAAUCGAUACUUUGUUUUGAUUCUUAAGACAGAAGAUAAAGAUUUUUAUUUAAGCAUUUUUAAAAAGUUGGACACUUCCAUCUUACCAAUUGGACCUCCUGGGGUGAAGAAGGAACUACUUAAAUUGUAAGCCGUAAUGGCAACGAAGGGGAACCCUAGACUUCUGGCCACAAAUGACACUGAUUGAUUUUUCUUUUUUUUUUUUUAACUCUGCGAGCUGCUAAAUUUAAGUGUGGUGGGCCUGAAUCUUGUCCACUGUGCAGGAUUCUUGAGGGCCCCUCUACGAUUUGAUAUUUGCACAUCCCUCCGAAUUUUGAUGACAUGAUUGGGAUCUGCAUAGCCAUGAUGAUGAUCAUCUCUGGCGCUUUUGGGCCCGGGACUACACCCUGUCUUUUUUUGCCCCGUCUCCCCAUCUCCCUAUUGGGAAAGUUGCCCCGGGACCAAAAAUGACGUGUGCAUUCCUUAUGUUUGUAGUUAAGGGCCGUGCUAGACACAGACAGCCAGGUCCUAAGAUAUGAAACCUUGGAGGGUGUCACGGACUUGGUUAAUACCUGACCAGAGAAUUCUUCUCUCCAUAUGUUUGACCCGAUGCAUAGAACUUCUCCAGGUGCUGAAAGGGUGGUACGUGGGUGGAUGGGCAAGGCCGUCAGUGCUACCUCCCUUCCACAGUCGGAGUGGUUAGCAAUUUUCUUUUCGGAUGGAGACUGACCAGUUUAAGGAAAUCAUAGACUCAGAGCUAGAUGGACCCUAGAGACGUGGCUAGCCGACCUAGACCAACGGCCUCACUUGACAGAAAAGGAACCGGCCCAUGAGUAACGAAGGGAUUCCUCCCAAGAUCACAGGGAGGAGAGUUGGGACCAAACCCCAAGUCGUCUGAUUGCAAAGUCCAGCCCCUUGCUGCCACAUCCCCUUCGCCCCUUAGAAUCCAUGAGGCUAUAGGGUGGUCGUUACAGGACAAUUGAGUUCAGGCCAAACUGCAGACCAAGUUGUGUUUCUGUCUGGUACCAGAGUGGGCAUUCUUUGUUCUCAUGAGGAGUUUGGGUUACUUUCUCACUAUGUGAGGUUGGCAGGCUUUUUUCUGUGUCUUCCUAGCUUCUUAGAGCCUUCCUUUUGUGGUUAUUGGAAAUUAAUUGAACCAAAAUAAGUAGUACGUACCUCAUUCUAUAACCUACUGCUAGAAUUUCUCUUCUGUAACCAACCUGUAUAAUUUGUAUCACUGUAUUAAAAACAAUAAAGUAUAGAAUUCCAACA